GGGUCGAGGUGGUGGAGGGAGGGAUGAGCAGUGAUGCUGCCUCUCUGCGCGCUCCGCACAUCGGCAGCGGAGCUUCAGUCAGACGGACCCGACCCCGGGGAAAGGCAGCAGCACGUCCGCCCGCGCAGCGUCUCCCCCGGCUGAACCGUCAUCACAUUCAUGCCCUUUUCAAAUGGAUGUCACCAGUUGUUCCACCGGUUGCCCCGGGGCAGCGGUCCUGUAGCCGCGUUCAACGUGAGCAAAACGGCUCAUCCCGGGCUUGUUUUUUUUAUUUUUUUUGAGGCUUGUCUCGACGGCACAGAGAGGACCACACUCCCCCCAAUCUGCCCCCUCCCUCUACACCAUCGUUAGCACGCUAAGCUAGCUAGCCCGCUAACUUAGCUUGCGAUACUUUACACCUUAUCGGCGGUCAGUUUUAUUUUCCUUGGAGCUAACUCGAGGUCCCCUGCGCCACAGCGGUGAAUUGAGUCGCCCGGUCACUCUAGGAGCAAUGUUUGAGUGACGGGCAAAGGACUGUGGGAUCGCUCUCGCCCCGCCCCCUGUGCUGGUGGAGCAACCCGCACGUCUGACCAGAGGCUCCCACAGUCAUUUGGACAGGAUGCGGAGGUUCGCUUACUGUAAGGUGGUUUUGGCCACUUCUCUAGUGUGGGUGAUGCUGGAUAUGUUCAUUCUACUCUACUUCAGCGAGUGCAACAAGUGUGAUGACAAGAAAGAGAGAGGACUACCAGGGAGACAAGACACCCUGACCCGGCCGCGGGACGGGCCCGGUGAAGGCGGAAAGCCCGUGGUGAUCCCGAAGGACAACCAGGAGAUGAAGGAGAAGUUUAAGAUCAACCAGUUCAACCUCAUGGCCUCGGAGAUGAUUGCACUCAAUCGGUCUCUGCCUGACGUCCGCUUGGAAGGGUGCAAGAACAAGUUGUACCCGGAUAAUCUUCCCCGUACCAGCGUGGUGAUUGUAUUUCACAAUGAGGCGUGGAGCACACUGCUGCGAACGGUCCACUCCGUCAUCGACCGAUCACCCCACACACAGCUGGAGGAGAUUGUCCUGGUGGACGAUGCCAGCGAGAGAGAUUUCCUGAAGCGGCCGUUGGAGCAGUAUGUCCGAAGGCUGGAAGUCCCUGUUAGAGUGGUGAGGAUGGAGCAGCGGUCUGGACUUAUCCGUGCUCGCCUCAAAGGAGCGUCCAUCUCGACUGGCCAGGUGAUAACCUUUCUGGAUGCUCAUUGUGAAUGCACAACAGGGUGGCUGGAGCCUCUGCUCGCCCGCAUUAAGCAGGACAAGAGAACGGUGGUGUGCCCCAUCAUCGACGUGAUCAGCGACGAUACGUUCGAGUACAUGGCGGGAUCAGACAUGACGUACGGGGGCUUCAACUGGAAGCUCAACUUCCGCUGGUACCCCGUCCCCCAGAGAGAGAUGGACCGCCGCAAAGGAGACCGCACGCUGCCUGUCAGGACUCCCACCAUGGCAGGCGGCUUGUUCUCCAUAGACAGAGAUUAUUUCCAGGAGAUCGGCACAUAUGACGCAGGCAUGGACAUCUGGGGAGGAGAGAACCUAGAGAUUUCUUUCAGAAUUUGGCAAUGCGGCGGGACGCUAGAGAUCGUCACAUGCUCCCACGUGGGUCACGUGUUCAGAAAGGCCACACCCUACACGUUCCCUGGGGGGACGGGACAGAUCAUCAACAAAAACAACCGACGCCUGGCCGAAGUCUGGAUGGAUGAAUUUAAAAACUUUUUCUACAUUAUCUCCCCUGGUGUGACCAAAGUGGACUAUGGCGACAUCACAUCUCGCUCGGCUCUGAGGCAAAAGCUUCAAUGUCAACCCUUCAGUUGGUACUUGGAGAACGUCUACCCUGACUCCCAGAUCCCCAGGCACUAUUACUCCCUGGGAGAGAUCCGCAACGUGGAGACCAACCAGUGCCUGGACAACAUGGCCCGCAAGGAGAAUGAGAAAGUCGGCAUUUUCAACUGCCACGGCAUGGGAGGCAACCAGGUGUUUUCUUACACGGCCAAUAAGGAGAUCAGGACGGAUGACUUGUGUCUUGACGUGUCCAAGCUAAACGGACCCGUCAUGAUGCUGAAGUGCCAUCACCUCAAAGGCAACCAGCUCUGGGAUUACGACCCUGUGAAGCUGAGCCUGAUCCACGUCAACAGUAACCAGUGUCUGGACAAGGCCAGCGAGGAGGACAGCCAGGUGCCCAGCGUCAAAGACUGCACGCACGCACGCUCCCAACAGUGGCUUCUCCGCAACGUCACACUACCAGAGGUCUUCUGACCGCGCUCUGCACACACACACACACACACAAACACACACACUCACACACACACACAGCGACCCAGAGGGAGCCACCGGAGGAACAGAUGUGAAAUUGGGCGCACGGAGAGAAAAGACUUCCCACGUGGGGAUUUGGGAGGAGAAGAGGAGGCCGGAUUGGACGGUGCUACCGCGGCGAAGGGGGGGGGGGGUGCUGGGGGGGGCGACACGGAGACGAUGGCUGUUGUUUUGUUUUUCUUGUUUGUUGUUUUUUUAAAGAGAGAUUUUACCUCGGAUCGCUGGGUGUGAAUGCGAGACUGUCCAGCGGGGUCGAGGUUUGCACUCAACGCUUCCUUGGACAAAGCAGUCCACCCUCAAUUCAUCACUUAACGUUUACUGACCGCCGUCGUGUGUGUGUGUGUGUGUGUGUUGAGAUGAUUGUAAGCUUUGAGAACAGAGCUGAAUUUCUUU